AUGCAUCUGGGCGUUGUAUUGCGACGUCGACGAGGGUGUAUUCUUGCGUUUCUGCCAGUUUGCGUAUGCUGGUACGAAGGGUUCGCUCCAGAAGACGCUAGUGCAACUGAAAACACUGUUAUGGCGGGAGACAGCGGGGAACGCGCGAAACCAACUCGCUUUGCAUGCAAUAUCCACGCUACCGAAAGCAACGAAAGCCCGAUAUUUGAGCCCUUCCGCAUUGGCAAGGAGACUCUCAGUUUGCCCUAUUCCUGUGCAUCGUACAUAGCCGCGGCUGCUGGCUGGGCUGAUCGCAAUGCCUGCUGCGACCUCUGUAAGCAGAACAAGCAGGGGGCGUUCAAGUUCCAUCUAAGCGCAAAUUUAGCCCCCCUUCGUGUUCUUGUGAUCUCAAAAGAGCUAGCCAGAAGAAAAUGGACGCCAUUGUCAAAUUCAUUGACGGCGAGAGCAGCCACGUCGGGUUCCCAGCACAAGGGCAGCAAAGGCGCUUCCAGGUUCCGAGUCAGGGUUUAA